CUCAUACCCUUUACCCGUCAUCAUGAGCUCCUUCCGCCUCGCUGCUCAAAGGCUGCCCGCCGCCGCACUGCGCCCGGCACUGGCUCGCCCAAUGAUGGCUCGAAUCGCGCCAGCAGCUCCCAUGGCCGUGCGAUUGUACUCGGACAAGCCCACCCCCGAGGCAAAGGCUUCGUCCUUCAUCGACUCGCUGCCAGGCAACUCCCUCGUUGCCAAGACUACCUGGAUCACUCUCGGUACCGGACUGUCUGCCGUAGCCAUCUCCAAGGAGCUCUACGUAGCCAACGAGGAGUCGGUCAUCCUGGCUGGUUUCCUCAUCUUCACUGUUCUCGUCGGAAGGAUGAUCGCCAAGCCUUACGGACAGUGGGCUGAUGGACAGAUUGAGAAAGUCAAGGACAUCCUCAACUCUGCCCGUGAACAGCACACCAAGGCCGUCCAGACUCGCAUCGACUCUGUCGAGCAACAAAAGGACGUAGUCUCGCACACCAAGGCUCUCUUCGAUGCCGCCAAGGAGACCGCCGAGAACGAGGCCGCUGCCUUUGAGCUGCGUCAGCGAACCGAGCUUGCCUCCGAGGUCAAGGCCGUCCUUGACUCGUGGGUGCGAUACGAGGGUCAGCAGCGAGAGGAGGAACAGCGUCAACUGGCACGAUCCGUCAUUGAGAAGGUGACAGCUUCGUUGAGGGACGAGAAGACGCAGAAGCAGAUUCUGGACGACGCCGUUGCUGAGAUCGAGCAACUCGUCAAGAACAAGGCCAUCUAAGGCUGGAGUAACUAGCGAGCAGAGUGAGGUUCGAGGCAGCGGCGGUGUGUAUUGUUAGAAGGAGGGACAGAGCAUUGUUGGAGGAUAGGCCGGACUACCCUG